GACUCGACUGUACUGAGCUCAUGAGACAUCUCGUGACUUUCAAAACAAUAUCAAGCUACAUGUAGCUGUUGUAGUUGGUUGCUGUGUUCAUCAAGAUGCCGAAGGGGAAAGGCAGUGGUGGAGCCAGUGGAGGAGGUGCUAAAGGUGGUGGUGGUGCUAAGGGUGGCGGUGGAAAAGGUGGCAAAGGCAAGGGAGGCGCAUCCGCUGAUGCCGAUGAUGGAAAAAAAUCCGCUGCUGGAAAUGCUGUGAAGGUCCGACACAUCCUGUGUGAGAAACACUCCAAGUGCAUGGAAGCAAUGGCGAAGCUGCGCGAGGGCAUGAAGUUCAACGAGGUCGCGGCGCAGUUCAGCGAAGACAAGGCGAGAUCGGGUGGUGAUCUCGGUUGGAUGACACGUGGUUCCAUGGUUGGCCCAUUCCAGGAAGCUGCAUUUCAGCUAUCACCCAGCACAACAUCCAACCCUUCGUACACCGACCCACCUGUCAAGACCAAGUUCGGCUAUCACAUUAUCAUGAUCGAGGGCAAGAGAUGACAUACUCAAGAUGCGUGCGUGUGUGUGUGUGUGUGUGUGUGUGUGUGUGUGUGUGUGUGUGUGUGUAUGUGUGCAUAUGCGUGCUUUAGUGAAUUACCUGCUUUUCUGUGGUUGCUGGUCGACUGUGAUCUGUAUUAUUUCUACCUUUCAGCACUCAGUCCUCUCUUUAACUCUCUGUCCAAACAUUGAAGGACAUCACAUAGGGGCAUUAAGCGGCUUAUAUCUAAUCUUACUGCGGGCAAUGUCAGUCCGCUAGGAAUAUUCAUCUGGAGCCAUGAUGUGGUCAUUUUGCACAUGACUCUUUCCCAUCGUGUUCCAUACGCUUUCUCAGUGAGUGCUUGUUGGAAUUGUAGAUGCAUUUCUCUCUUUUUCCGUGCCCCAUGCUGUGCACGCCGGUACACAUAUCUUGGUUAAUGGCCUGGGCCUGCUAGUACUUCACGGAGCUCACUCUCGAUGGUACCGUCAAUUUACUCGGAAGUAGUACUUGUAUAGUCCUGCUCGUGAUUUUGUAUACCGGUAGUCACUAUCCAUGGCUUGAAGCAUAUGCUUGUGACAUUCAGAUUUCUUUGAGCAGG